GACCAGCUGAGGGACGAGUACCGUUCGGCUCUCCAUUCCUUGAAGUUCGGAGGUUUGGAGCACGAGGAUGACUUCCUUCGGAAAUGCUCGGCACUCUACCAUCUUUAUCAAGACGUUUAUAAGGAUGAGGCCUCCGAGAGAAGGGUUAUGGUUCGCGCGGUUGUCAACAAGUUGCCUGAGAAUCUACGCUUGGAUGUGAUCGAGUCCGUCCACCACUCCAUCGGUGUGUCGCGUGACACCGAAUGUACCACCUCUGAGGAUCUGGAGUGGGAGCUCCUUUGGCCCUUCGAUGGCGUUCGUGUGGGACCGACUGUAGUGAGGUGCAUAAGGAAGAGCUGUCGUGCCUUCCGUGAUGCUUCGAUCAAGCUUACUCCACAGUCAAGUUCUUCAAAGGCGUCUGAGAAGGAGGCUGCACGCACAACUUUGCACACGCGUGCCGCCAUUGACACUCUCUCCCAAUUACACGACGGAAAACCCAAGCAAAAGAGAGAGAAUCUGUCAAGGUGGGCCUCUAAGUUUGCGGCUGACCAUGUGAUCGGUGGGCCUGGGGUACAAGGCCCCUCUGAUAAAGUGGUUCGCUCGGAUGAGUCUAAGACAAUCUCACUUCGUUCGGGAAAAGGACAGCUGUGGUUCGUGGCCUACAACAACAAGACUGAAGGUCUCAAUGCUGUUAAAGAGAUUGAAAGUGAUCAGUUUCGAAUCAGACCCUUCCAAUUCCGAGGGCGCCAAGUCGCUGCCGGAGCUAAUGCUUCCUCGGAGACGGGAAACUAG